GACUGCGCGUGGCUGGCGGAGCGGAGGGGCGGCUCGACUAGCGGCUGGAUGGCGCUGGGCGGAGCGCCGGGGACGGCGGCCCUGGGCCUGGCGCUGCGGCUGCUGCUCGGCCUCGCCGUAGCCCUGGAGGCCGCCCCGACCCGGUUCCCGACCCGGACCUCGGCCCAGGCCGCAGGCUCGUGCCCUCCCGCCAACUUCCAGUGCCACACCAACGGCUUCUGCGUGCCCCUCACCUGGCGCUGCGACGGCGACUGGGACUGCAGUGACGGCAGCGACGAGGAGGAGUGCAGGAUCGAGCCGUGUGCCCAGAGCAGGCACUGCCCACCGCCUGCUGGCCGCCCCUGCUCCUGCGAUGGCAUCGGCAAUUGCACCGACGAGGAGCUCCGCAACUGCAGCCGCCCGGCCUGCCCAGCGGGCGAGCAGCCUUGCGCGCAGGGCGACACCUGCAUCCCCCGCACGUGGCACUGCGACGGCCACCCGGACUGUCCCGACUUGAGUGACGAGCUUGGCUGUGGACCCAAGGAGACCUUCCAGGAAGGGAAUGCCACAACCACGUGGACCCCGGUGACCCCAGAGAGUGUCACCUCUCUCGGGAAUGCCACAGUCUACUCCAUCUGGGACCAGUUUGGAAACCCAAGUACCUAUGGGGUUAUCAUAGCUGCCAUGAUGCUGAUCAUGACCCUGGUCACUGCCGCCCUCCUGGUGCUGUGCUGGCUCCAAGCCCAGGGGCGCCUGCCACCGCCAGGGCUGCUGGUGGCCGUGAAGGAGUCUCUGCUGCCGUUGGGACGGAAGACCUCGCUGGUCUGAGGACACACACUUGCCACCGCGUCACCCCGGUCCCGAGUGCAGACAAGCCAGGGGACAGCAGAGACGGGGACAUGCACUCAGCUGCCGGCGCACCAGCCCUCCCGGGCUCUACUUGCCACGUGGAACCUCGAACCCGAGCGCCUGCAGAUGCGGCCCUGGAGUUUGGGGGCUCCCCGGACACUCACCCUGGACUCG